CGGGUGAGAGGCGGCACCUGCGCCCCAGUGGCCAUGUUGAGUGUUUGUGUCGCAGGCGAAUACAGGGAAGCCUUGCUCUUUUCCUGAAUUAAACAGCUGGAUGAAGCUGAACUUUGCCUGCCAAGCACGUUGGUCUGACCUACGCUGAUGCCUGCUGCUGCUGACACUCACCAGCAUCUUGAGCAUCAUAUGGCCUAUCCGCAGCACCAGGGAAAGACAGGGCCUCCACGGCCGGGCCCUCAUCAUGGACCCCAACAUCAUUCGUCACAUCCACCCUCUGGCUCGUAUGGGCCACAGACAGGCCAUGCUAAUCAUGUGGGUUAUAACCAUCAUGGACCAAUGGGUCAACAUGCCAUACCAGGACAACGAGGUCAGCCUGGACAGCAUGGUCCUCCUCAACAGAAUGGACCUCAAAUAAGCCUGAGUCAGCUCAGGUCUCAGAUAGGGUCAGCUGCUCAACUUGGAGCUCCUGGACAGCAUGGACAUCCAGGGCCACCAGGACCCCUGGGACCAUCUGGGCAACAUGUCCCACUAAGUUCUCAUGGAAGUUCAUUGUCACAUGGUCCUCAAGGGAAUCAUGGCCCUCAUGGAGUACCGAAUCAGAGAGUUCCUCCAGGAUCUCACAUCCAAGCAGUGCCACCAGCCAUACAGCACAAAGGCCCUGCACCACAUGGCCAAUAUGGUGCACAUAUCCCACACUCCACCAACAUUGGUAAUCCACGUGGCCAUCUGGAUGGACCUGGCAAUGAAGUGAGGCAACCUCCAGCAUAUCCAGAACCUCCACGUUACCCUGGUCCUCAGAAUGUGCAUGAGGAUAUGGACAAACACAUGAGCCAAGUGCCAGCUCACAAUGGACAGCCAGCACAGACAAUGAAGCAGUAUUCUGGAGCCCAGGGAUCUGGUGGAGGGGGAGGAAUGAAUGGAGGAGGGGCUUCAAUGAAUAGUGGUGAUCUAGGAAGGCUAGAGGAGGAACUUAGUCAACUCAGUAGGAAGGAUCUCGUGGCAAGGACAAUACGGGCAGAAGGGGAAGCAAGAGAGCUCCAGCAUUCAAUCCAUGUACAGGCAGGGGAGCUUAGGCACCUGCGGGAGAAUCAACAACGACUCACUGAUGACAACCAGGAACUGCGUGACUUGUGUUGUUUCCUGGAUGAUGACCGACAGAAGGGACGGAAACUUGCCAGAGAAUGGCAGAGAUUUGGUCGCUAUACUGCCUCUGUUAUGAGACAGGAAGUCACAGCCUACCAGAAUAAAUUACGGGAACUAGAUACCAAACAACAGGAGCUCAUUAAAGAUAACUUAGAGUUAAAGGAAUUGUGUUUAUACCUUGAUGAAGAAAGAAACAAUGCUGCUUGCAGUCAUUGUGGACAUCCCCUCAUAACACGAGAUGAUGGGGAUGGAUCGUCAUCCUCAACAAAUGCUGAUGAACCCUCAGGGCCCCCACAGUCCACUUCAGAUUCAGCCCCAACCCAGAGUCAGUCUUCAGAAAUUCCACUGGCACGUUCAUCCUCCAGAGAGAGACUAUUAGAAGAUACCUUAUCCCGUCAGAGAUCUCCAAUGAAUGGUAAGGCCCAUCCUUGUGUCUAUAUUUGUCAUUUGACUUGCUGUGUCCAAGUGGUAGUUGACGGCUUUCCUUGCACAGACUCCAUAUUAUCUUAUGAGUCACGCCAGGAGGAGAAAGAUCCUGAACCUGGAGAUGCUGUCUUGCCAGGAGCCGGUGCCUUCCAGUCAUGGCUCACAGAUACCCCAAAGGCCCCUCUUUCCCUUUGGCGCGGUCGUAAAGCUGCCCACCAUGACUCCAGCGUCCCACAGGCUCCUCCACCGGGGUUGUCUUGCAGAGAAACCUGGGGGCCCGGGUCGUCCUGGGGAGGCGACUGGGGCCCAUAUGCCUGCAGUGUCCGACCCAAAGCACCAGGAACUUGCAAGCUUGUUCCCUUCAGCCGAGCCUUGGUAGCCAAAAGCGCCUAUGGUGGGUGCACAGAACUCAGACUCCGUAAACCCUGCAGUUCUGGGGAUCCUCCAUUUGCUGCAAAAUUGGCGACUCCUUUGGGCCACAUUCCCGUAUCGCUGCCCAAAGCCCGGCGGUUGGAGCCUCCCGAACCGGGGGGCCGACAGACAUCUCGAGCGUAUACAGAAAUAAAGAAAAGAACCCAAAAGCUGCUUCAGCCCAAUGCCAUGAUAGCUCAUAAACCGGGUGUCCCUCGACAAAAGGGGCGAAUCGACUGGAGAGGGCUAUGGCAAACCCCCUGGAGUGGGCCCAUCGCUGCAGCCCGACCAGGAUGCAGAAAUAGGGUUAAAGGCUCUUGCAAGGGAAGAUUACUUUUAUUUUUUUUUCUAGGUUCAGCAGAAAGUGAUGAUGAACUCUUGGAUGGGCCUCCACCACCUUUGGUGUCCCGUCCAACAGCAGUUGCAGCAGCUAUGAGAGUUUUGGAAGUGCAGGAACAGCUAGAGGGUGCAUCACAUCCUCCUGCAGUUCCUCCUCCCUCACAAGGUCCCCCUCCACCACCACAUUCCUCCAACACAGGAAGCCAACUCAGUGCCCAAGAUGCAGCUUUGGCAGAUGGGGAAAAGGCACUUCUCAGGCAAAUGUGCAAUGUUGUGUGGAAGAAGCUAGAAGAAGUACCAAGUCAGCACAGAUAACAAGAUGUGCAGUGCAUCCUUGCCUGUCCUUUUUCUAAUUUUCUUUCCUUUUUUUCUGUGCAAUUGUCUCCCUGCUCUCUCCUUAUCUCCUCCCCCAUUCUCUCCCCUCUCAUCUCCUUUCUGCUUCUCCCUUUCCUUUGCCUUGCCCCUUUCUACACCUUUCUGCUUUCUUAUUCCUAUCCUUUUUUAUUCUUCUGUCUUACUUCUUUCUGUGAACCAUUUUUAAUAUUCCAGUGAUGGAAAAUGAAGUGCCAGGUGUAUGAAACAGGAUAGCAGAAGCAACUGCAGGCAGUGCUUAUGUACAAUUGAAAGUUAUUUACAAAAGUAACUAUGAAAGUGAGGUGUUCUAUAAACUCUUAUCUUUGAUCCUUUGUCUUAGUUGCUGUUUGCAGCAAAAAGGGAAAGUCAGCCAGAUUUACAGGGAUAAUAGAAGAGCACUACCCAGGUCUUGACUUUUUCUAGCUGUGUUUUACACUUAUCCAAAACUGAGAAUGUGUUUUGAUCUAUGAAUAGCACCAUUCUUUGAUGUAUAUGCUGAAAUAGGUCUUUUCAAAUUCACCGAAGAGUUGGGUCCAUGUCUUGCCAAAGAAAAUAUAUUAGAAUUUUUUUAGAUCUUGAAACAUUUCUUUUAUAGAGAACUAAUCCAUUUGAGUCAGGCAUUGCUAACCUAGUACAGACAGUUAGGAAAACUAGUAUAAUAUAGGAAUACAGUAUAGAACUUAAGUAGAAUUUAAACACCACAUAACAUAUCUUGGCCCAAAUCUUUGAUUAUAGCAUGAACUAUUAUUUUCCUUUGUUUAUCAGUUCUGAUAUAUACUUAACCAUAAAAGAUGUAUGGCAGGGGUUUGGUUUGCUAUUUACAACUUCUAUAAUCAGAUAAUUUUUUUUCACCUUAUACAUAUUGAGUUAUGACCAUUCAUAGUUGACCGUGGUAGAAUAUCCUUUUUUGCUGAAGAUAGCUCAAGCAGGCUUAUGGAGACUUUGUCCAGCCUUCACAACUUUUGAUUCUCACUCUUCAGGUGCCAAAGGUACAAAAAACUUUUGAAAAACUCAGAGAAAUUAUCUUAUAUCUAAUGCUACAUUAUGUGGAAUAGUCAUGGUUUUGUAAUUUUGUAGCAUUUUAGUAGAUAGGUGGUACUUACUUUCCACAAAAAAUGUCAAAAUGUUUAUCAUACUUUUAUAGACUUUAAGAUAUCAAUUUUGUGUUGUAAUAUGAGAAAGCUGGCUGUUGUCAUUUACUUUAUAUACAUAUCAUAUAUAAUC